CUGUCCGGCCACCACCCAGCCUGCCCACACCGGGUGAGCACACGACCGAUCAACCAUAGCAGACACCGACUCGACACCGACACCGACCACCGACCGCCUCAAGUCACGAGCUCGGUGAGCCUUACUUGUUCUGUGCCAUGUGAUCCACAUCACUUGAGGCUUUUCUGGCAUUGCUAGACUUGUCCUGACGGCCAUUGUUUUCUGAUAACCCUUCUGGAUCGACAAAUCAACAGCCCCGUCUCAGGAAAACUCUCAGCAAUUCAUCAUGGGUCGCAUGCACAAUCCCCACAAGGGUAUCGCCGGUUCUGCUCUGCCCUACAAGCGAACCCCAGCACGAUGGCUCAAGGUGACCGCUCAAGAAGUCUCAGAGCAAAUCUUCAAGUUGGCCCGUAAGGGUAUGACCCCCUCCCAGAUUGGUGUCGUCCUCCGAGACAGCCACGGUAUCGCUCAAGUCAAGAGUGUCACUGGUGCCAAGAUCCUCCGAAUCCUUAAGGGCAACGGUCUCGCCCCUGAGAUCCCUGAGGAUCUCUACCACCUCAUCAAAAAGGCAGUCUCCGUCCGAAAACAUUUGGAGCGAAACCGAAAGGACAAGGACUCCAAGUUCCGUCUCAUUUUGAUCGAAUCCCGAAUCCACCGUCUGACUCGAUACUAUAAGACCAAGUCCCAGCUCUCGCCUUCCUUCAAGUACGAGAGUGCCACCGCUUCUACUUUAGUAUCAUAAGCCAUUAAUACCCACGAAGCUGCUCGAGCCAACUAUCUCGCAUGUCCUCUUAGCUAUCGUGAAAUUACUACUUAUGUUCCUCAAAUCAUCUACAUAUGCCGAACAUCACCCAAAAUGCAUGCCAUCAAUGAACUGUGAUCCAUGAUUCCAUAAUAGAAAUGUGACAUGGUUUAGAUGGGGUCCAGAUUUGAGUGCCAAACCGCCUUCAGUCGUUGAUUCUGAUCG